UGUGUGUUAUGUAAAAUAAAAUGGCGACUCUCAACUAUAGUGUGCAAACUUUUUUAAGACAUUCAAGAAAAUGCAAUGUUAUAAGCCGAAGUUUCAGUGGCGCAUUUACUGCGAACGCUAAAGAGUCCACCCUCACCCUUGCCAGCUUUGAGAACAGAGUGGGGAAAAUUGUUUUAAAUAACCCAAAGAAAAGAAAUGCACUUUCACUUGAAAUGUUGGCAUGCAUUGAAAAUAACUUGUUGGAAAAUGUCGAAAGAAAAACACAAGUUGUGAUAAUAUCGGCCAAUGGUCCAGUAUUUUCAUCUGGUCAUGAUCUGAAGGAACUGACUAGGCAGACUGGAAGCUCAUACCAUAAAGAAAUUUUUGACAAAUGCAGCGAAGUUAUGUCACUAAUACAGGAUAUGCCAAUACCAGUUAUUGCUCAAGUGAAAGGUUUGGCAACAGCAGCUGGUUGUCAACUAGUUGCCAGCUGCGAUAUGGCUGUGGCUGCAACAAACACACACUUUGCUACUCCGGGUAUAAACAUUGGCCUAUUCUGUUCAACGCCAGCUGUUGCUCUUGGCAGAGCUGUCCCUCAUAAAAUCACAAUGGAAAUGCUGUUCACCGGAAAACCAAUUUCAGCUGAAGAUGCAUUCCGCUAUGGUUUGAUCAAUAAAGUGGUCCCAGAGGAAGACUUGGAGUCAGAGACAAUGAAACUAGCAGAGCAGAUUUGCACAACAAGUCAGCCUGUGGUAGCCAUAGGCAAGAAAUGUUACUAUAAACAGAUCACACAAGAAAGAGACGAGGCGUACAGAAUAGCUGGCAAAGUAAUGGUUGAUAAUUUAAAAUUGGAAGAUGGCAAUGAAGGAAUUAAAGCCUUCAUUGAAAAACGAAAACCUAAAUGGACUCAUGCCGAAGAUGUGAACAAAUGAUAAAAAUAUAAAAGCUAGUGUAUGGAAAUAUAAUAAAACUAUUGGGAAAAACAAAGAUUGGAACAAAUGAUAAAUUAUAACAAUACCUAUGUGUGUAGGUAGUAUGAAAAUGUUAACAUGUAUGUAUAAAUGAUAUGGUAUGCCUUCAAUGGACUAAUGUAGUCUAUGGAGAAGCAUUGAUUUCAA